AUGAAUUCAAUAUAUUAUUAUUUUCUAUACGUCAUACUUCACGUUACGUCAAUUUCAACAUUACCAUUAAUCACAAGUGAUGAUUAUGUAGCAGAUUUUACAGGAAAUAAAUCAACUGAAUUAGCAAUAGCAAUGACAAAUGUAAAUGAAACUAUAUUAGUUAUGGAAACAAUGAAUAAUACCGAACCAUCGAAAUUUAUUUCAAUCUUAGAAAAUGAUAAACGUUCAGAAAGGAAUACUGAAAAUUUAGAAACUAUUAUUGAUGAUAGCACUUCAUUGUCAACAAUUGAAGAGGAAGAAGAAGAAGGAGAAGGAGAAGAGGGGUAUAACUUUACUACUGCAACAUCCUGGAAUAUUGUACCACUGAUGAUGAAUGUAUCGGAGAUAAAAUUAUUCAUGGAUAAUGAAAUGAUAGAUGACGAUGCUACUACUACUGCAUCUCCACCAAUUGUUGAAUCCAUUAAAUUAGAGGAGCAGUUAGCAUCAAUGUCAUCUUCAGUUGCUUCAACAAUUGAACCAAUUCAAUUACCGAUUGAUAUUUCAGAUGGAAAACGUACUGACUGUACGCAAAUUACUACGAGUUGCGUGAACCGAAAGCAUGGAAUAAUUUGA